CCCAUCUAUAUCUUGUUCCUAUAAAUAUUUUAUGACGUAACUUAUCUCUCUUCUUUUUCCCAUCGAAUCUAGGGUUUUUGCAGCAGCACCACAGCAAUGGGGAAGGGAACAGGGAGUUUCGGAAAGAGGAGGAACAAGACACACACACUGUGUGUGAGGUGCGGCCGCCGCAGCUUCCACUUGCAGAAGAGCCGCUGCUCCGCCUGCGCUUACCCGGCCGCUCGCAAGAGGACAUACAACUGGAGUGUGAAAGCCAUCCGAAGAAAGACGACGGGAACCGGACGCAUGAGGUACCUCCGCAAUGUCCCCCGCAGAUUCAAGACCAACUUCAGAGAAGGUACCGAGGCUGCACCAAGGAAGAAGGCUGCCGCAGCUGCCUCUGCUUAGGUUAUUAUUAUCUCUUAAAUUUUGUUAGUGUUAUGGAUCAAAGACCACUUCACUUCAUUGCUGUAUCUCACUUUGUUCUGUCCCUCUGCUUAUGUUCAUCUAUUCACUCUGUCCACGAACCAAUUUCCAUUUUACACCCCAAACUCUUUAUGAAACGUGGGGUGGAUUUCUAUA